CUGGCAACACCGCCGAGAUGUGCAAGUCGCAUAUACACAAAGAAAAUUGAUAAAAGGAUUCAAAUGAAAAUCAUGAGAUUUGUUGCAAGCAACCAUUGAGGAGGCACAACACCCACACUUAUCACCGCACCAAGCACCGAGCACAAAAUCACACACACAGACACACAAACACACCCAAAAAACGCCAACAAAAAUGCAUGCCGCCGCAUCGAUGACGUCGGUGGAGUUGCUAUUAAAUGAAUUCUAUCAGCCAACGACGAGCAAUGCACGCAAACGGGAAAUCGAAACAAAUCUGCUCGCCUUCAAAUCCCAACCAGAUGCGUGGCAACUUUGCCUGCGUGUCGCCACCGCCAGCAACAGUUUCACCGAGAAUCAAUUCCUAUGGUUCUUCAGCACAUCAACGCUGGAGCAUACGAUAACACGUCGCUGGACACAAUUGAAUGCCGCAGAUCGUUUGCUGUUGCGUGAGACAUUGUGGCACAGUUAUGCUCAGUUGAUGGUGUUGAACGGUGGCGCACGACGACAUCGGGAUACGUUGGCGCAACUGAUUGCACUGCUAGGCAAACGAGAGUUUCCGGAACUCGAUCCCAAUUAUAUGCAACAUUGCAUGGAGCUGACAAGGACUCGCUUCAGCCUGGGCAUCAAUCUGUUGCGUGUCACCUCCGAGGAAGUCGUCAGCAAUCGUGGCGAUUUGACCACCGAAUGGAAACAAUACUUUCACUCGUGCAUUUCCAUGUGUAUACCCGAUGUUAUGGAUCUGAUCACCAAAUAUCUACUAAUCGCCGUCUGUCAUAUCAAUGGUAAAGAUAUCCACACCACAAUACCAAACACAUUCAUGGAUUAUAGUCUAACCACAGCGCUGCCAAAUGACAAUCAAUUAAGUUCCUCUGUGCUGGAGCUGCUCGGGUGUGUGCAGCAUUUGGUGUCCUGGAUACGCACCGAACUGAUCUCGGAGUAUUUUCUAAUGAGCAUACUCGAUUUAUCGCAAUGGCGCCACAACAAUGAGCCCAUCUCGCUGGCGGCACUCUCUGUGCUAAAUGAGCUGCUCUAUUUGCAGAAACCGUUGCCAUAUGCGGCGACCUUGAUGAACGGCGUCAGUGGUCUGCUGGAGCUGCACAAUCGCAGCAAGCAACAGAGCGAAAUGUAUAGUGAUAAAUUUCGCGAACUAUUGCGUUUAUAUAGCACCAAAUAUGCCGGCAAACUGCUCCAAGAGCCCGAAAUGCUUGAGUCAUUUCUCGAACAGCUCUAUCGCUGCACCACCAAACUGCAUGGCGCUCUGGAUUUUACGGAAAAGUUGGACAUUUGGACACCGAUCAUUAAGGUGAUUGCACAGCAGCCAUCACGGAUGACAGCAUAUCAUGGCGAGGUGAUGGUAAAGCUUGUCGAUGAGAUAAUGCGACGCACACAAUUUGAGAUUAACAAGCCAGAGCUGGAGCUACUUGACAAUGAGCUCAUGGAGGAAGAUACACCCACAACGGAGUGGCAACUGUUUCUGGACCAGUGCUUUGAGUGUCUGGCGCUGCUGGCGAGCACUCGCGGUGCACACAUCGUGUUCGCCCAGGUCUUUGCCCACUGGUCGCGUCCUCAGACGUAUCUGUUAUCGCUUGAGCUGGCACUGGACCAUGGCAGCGGACGUUGCUAUGAAGCAGCACGCAAACUUAAAAUGGCCAAUAUCGGUGAAAUAUUGAGAGAUUUUGCAACAGUUUGUCAGGCUGUGGUGCGUCUGGCGCCGCUAAUGGAUACGGCACAGGCAUCCGCGGAUGUUGUCGAUGAGAUGGAGAGUCAACUGCAGGUGCUGUCGGAUCGUUUGCUCCAAACGCUCCAGCUGCUGGCCAGCAAUCGCGUGGGCGGACACGAUGCGGACAAGGCGAGCUUUCAGACUGAUUUGGAUAACCUUUACGCUCAAGUUUUGCUAGCCAUACGCAGCAUAUUCCCGCUGUCAAAAUCGCUGAACAGCGAACAGCUGCUGCAUCGUUUAUUUGCCAUAUUGGGCAGCAUAUUUGCUGGCAACAAUUCACCAUCGGCUGCAUCGCCGAUUGUACAACAGGCGGCGAGCGAGGUGCUGCUCUUCAUAGCGACUGUGAUACGACCCAAGUGUCUGCUCGACAUACCCGAAAUACAGAGCCUAAUGCAGGCCGGGCCGCGGCUGGGCGCCUCUUUGCCCCGUCACGUGUCCACCAAUGUGCACAUUAGUCUGGUCAGCUACAUGGUGCUGCCGUGGAAGAAUGUGCCGGAGCCGCAGCAAGACUAUCAGCGUCGCCAGUGGAUGUUGCGCGAGUAUAUCGAUGCAAUCGCUCGAAAUUUCCAGGAACUGGAUAUUAACGCGGCCGGCGAAAGUAAAGUGGCUGCGACAACGCUCAGUCUGCUUAACAUAUUAACAUCCCUCAUCGAGUACUUUAAGGCGACUGGGGCCAAUGCCAAGGAUAUGCUCGCCAGCACCUUUAAGCCCAUUUUGAACAAGGCACUGGUGAUCUUCAAUACCUAUGGCUUGGGCAGCAUUGCGAUGGCCAUCACCGUGGCGGAGUUUAGUCUAAGCAUGCUGCGCACUCUGCCCAUUCAUCUGGGUGCACAAUUCAUUAAGGAGAUGAUAACGCUCUUCAUCGAUGUCAGCAGCAGGGAGCAACUGACUUUGAGUGGCUUGGCUGUCAUGGAGAAGGUGCUGCAAAUGUUUCAACUGAUUGUGGAGCAGCCAGGCAGUGCCUCGUUGGGUUUGUUGCCCAAUAUACUGGGUUUUAGUACGCAACAGAUAUUGCCACUGUUGCAGCAACAGAAUGCGGCAACGGACAGCACUGAAAUAACCAAUCUGCUCUAUGCGCUCUUCGAUAGCGUGCUCACCUGCAAGUGGCAAUUUUUCUACAAGAAUCAACUGAGCAAUGGCCAUAACAAUGCCAACAAUAUCAAUGGCCAGCAGCAGCAGCAACAGUCGCCGCACAAUUUCAAUUGCAGUGAUAAUUUGCAUCCGGAACAGUUUAUGGCCAUUAUGAAUGCGUAUGGCCAAAUGUUGGUCAGCGGCACAGACCCCACUAAUGUCCGCAGCGUUCUUCUCUCCAUGCAGAAUGUGAACGAACGCAGUCGCCUCUAUCAGCGUGCCCUGUUCAAGGAGCAUCUGCUCGCCUCCUUUCAACGUGCUCUCCUCAAUCUGUUGCUCAGCGGCGAGGGUGCGCUGCACUUUGAUUUAAUUGCCCAGGCGCUGUAUGCGAUGGGUCAGGUGGAUCGACGGCAGUUGCACGAGAGCUUUGUAAAUGCAGCGUUGCCCGUGACGCAAACAUCGCUUGAGGAUAUAUGCCAGACAACUGACAUUCCAACGUUUACGCAGAAACUGACACAGCUUAUGCAGGAUGCACAUUGUGCGCACCUCAAUGAGACAACGUAGGCGACAGCGACUCUAAACGAAAAACAACACAAAGGAACAUCAAUCCCAACAACCAACAAAGCUCUCCUCUC